AACUAUUCAGACGGACGAGACCUCUCAGCGUAAACGUCUUCGUACGUAUCAGUUUGACUCCACGAUCUGAAGUAAAGUUUCUUUUUUAAAGCUCUCACAAGUCAGUUUGCUUUGCUUCCAGCAUGAAUCAGUUUUUGCUGGUUUGCCUGGUCGUCACAUCGCUGGUUUGUUUAAACCCAGAGGUUCAAAGUAGUCCAACAUCUCCAACUGAAGACUUGGACUUGCAGGACGAGCUGGAUUGUCCCUCCAGCUGUGCUUUAGUGUUUCCCCAAAUCUACUCGACAACUGAGAUUUCUGUCUCCAGUGUGGCUCAGGGAGAUUCAGACAUGGCUUCACGAGAACUAAAUCCUCAGUAUUACGAAGCAUCGAGGGCAGGCCGGGCCAUCCAGCACUACAUCAACACCGUCCAUGGAUCACCUUUCAGGCAGUACGCGGUGACCAAAGUCCAUAAAGCAAGAGCAGAGGACAUGGGUGAAGCUGGAAUGAAGUACAUUUUGGAUUUCUCUGUGAAGGACUUUGUUUGUGAGAGCUCAGAGGUCCAGUGCUCAGCGGAGGUCCUCUACCCCAGAGGGGAGACGCAUCGUCCACCUCAGGUCCAGUGUUCCUGUGAUGGGCUACCGAAUCUCAACUCCACUGCUAAGGAGCAGGACUUCUACGGGCGCUACAGCGUACAAAGCAAUACUGUAUCUGCAAAGGACCUUCCAGACAGCUACGGUCACACAGACCCAGAAAUGGUGCCAUUCUUGCACUUGGGAAGGUUGGCAUCCUGCUUCAUCAUGUUCAAUGAGUCCACUGAGAAAACACUAUAUGGCAUGGCUCAGGUGGCCAAGGUCAAACAGCUGAAGUCUGAAGAUGACCAGCUGAGGUUUGAGUAUGAGGUUCUCCUUCAUGAUAUGGUGUCCCAGGAAAUAAUUCGUUGGAAGCUUCAGAUUUCCUGGUCUCCAGAAAAGGGGCUGAAAGUGUUAGAAAGUGAAUUGCUGCCAAAAUGCCACUGCAACUAAACACUCCUUAAUGUCCAGUUGCAAGUUCAAACCUACAUAAAGACCUACGUAAAGACCACUAUUGGAUAUCCACAAGUAUUAUAUUUUUCAAGUAAACAAUAAAUAGCCUUCUGAACUUUAUACUAUACUGCAGCCACAUUUACUAUGUAUUUUAAAUAUCAGCCACGAUUAUCUGUGUAAAUAAAUAAAUAAAUUACUGCA